AUGCCGAUCCGUCCUCUCGAUGAAUGGGUCAUUGGCCGCACUCAGUCCCUGCCUCUCUCAGCGUUAAAGGGCGCCGUUGUCGGCAUCGAUGCGUCCCACUACAUCAACCAACACCUCGUGAACCAGUCAACCCGAGAAGCGCUGCUAGGCGCACUAGGCGGAUUCCCGUUCGCCUUGAGGACUAACAUCGAGAAGGAAUUGCAGACUUUCAAGAACCUGGGAGUCGCUACCAUCUUCGUCUUCAAUGGAUUGGAUUUCGGCAAGAAAGAGCACCGCGCCCAGCCCGCAGCGUCGCGUUCAUUCGAACAAGCUUGGGACCUUUACGACCAGCAACAGGCAGACCAGGUGGUUGAUGCCUUCAGCAGUGCUGGCACCCCGCCCCCGGAGACCCUAUUCAAGUUCCUGCAACGGAUUUUGGCCCAGAACGGAGUGGAAUUCAUCGUAGCGCCAUACAGCGCUGCGGCUCAGCUCUCCUACCUCGCCCGUGGUAGCAAUCCUGUGGUCGACGCUGUUUUUGCCCCCUCAGAAGCCCUCUUGUUUGACCUUGACAAGCUGGUCACCCGUAUCGACACCGAGCCCGCGCAAUUCUUCUGGAUCACGAAGCAAACCUGCCAGGAGGAACUAGGUCGGCUUUCCAAUGAACAAUUCCUGGACUUCUGUUUACUACUGGGUUCCCCCUUCCUUCGUUCCCUCCCACUUUUCGAGAAUCCUGCUUACCCCGGCAAAAGCCCCACCAUUCGUGAUGCGUUGCCGAUGUUCAAUGCAGCUGGACGCAGUGCAUUGACACUUUGUGCCCAAUUUGAAGAGGAUCGCCGUAUGCAGGAGCUUCAAUACGCGGAUCUGUAUAAGCGAGCGUAUAUGAUUGUGAAGCACCAUGUCUACAUUGAUGUGGAAGGUCGAGUCGGUCCCAUGGAUCCAGAGAAUACCUCGUCGGAUAUGCAUGAGCUUAUUGGGCAGCGCCUGCCGGAGGAGCUGUACUUUUAUCUUUCUAAAGGUAUCAUUGGAGCUGAUGUACCCAACUUCCUCACAACUGGCGAAGUUCGCAUUUCGCUACCGCUGGGUACCGAAGACACCGAGAUUUACCGCCAGCUCGUGGGUGAAAUUUUGACACCUGUCCGCACUCAGUCUAUUUGCCUUCUAGCAAACUCACUUCAUCGAUUCUACCAAACGAAAGCCAUUCGGAUCCGCCCGUGGUUCGAUGAGGACUCGGAGCGGUCGGUCAACCUUAAGGGUAUCCCAUCAGUCAAGGACACCAUCCAUCCCUGGAAGAUCCACGGAGAACAAUUCCCCGAAAGUAUCAAGAAGCUCCAGGCGCCGCGUGGAUCCUUUAAGUUUGCCGUCCAGAGCUUAACCGACUCCGACUUUGUGUCCAAGUCAUUUGCCAAUAAAGAAACACCUGUCCUUUCAUCGCAGGAGGAUAUCUUAUCUAAUGUUAUGUGGCGCUUCUUGCAACUGCGUGGAUACGUGGACGACAAGCACAGGCUCACUCCGUGGGGCCAGUGUUUAGUCCAGGCAUUAUCAGCUAUCGAGCCUGCGGACAACCUCGAGGAAUCUAUAUUCAUUGCCAUUGAGAUGAUUCGUUUGGGCCUCCUCAACACCAAGAACUGGUUUUCACAUGUAUCCGGCGGUCCCAUGAGAGGGUCCGAAGACGACAAGACCUUCAAUAUGCUGGUUUCGCGUGUCGCAUGCGUUGCCAAGCUUCAGCACAAGAGCAUUGGAUAUUCUGGACCUCUCAGCCGUCAACUUCUUUGCUACCGCUCUUUGAUUUCCGAGGUGCGCUCUGCACUGAGGAAUCUGAUCGAGGUGGUACUGGCUGGUCUGCUGCUCAGUGGUGAUGCUGAUCGGGACCGCAACGACUGGACUGAGAUGGCUAUCAAGCUUCCCUUUAUUGAUGAUAACGACUGUGGACUUGGAAUUGCGGUUCGGACCUACCUCGACGACCUACCCCUACAGGCAAAUCCGACCUCGCCUGAGGCUCGAGCGGAUGUGAAGGCGAAGGGCAAGGAAUGGUUCCAACACAGCGAGAGCUUUAUUGGAAACUUGGAUUUGGCAUUCAAGCUGUGGGAUGCGGUUUACGCAGGCACACAGAGUACGGGCAAGGAGUUCAAGGAAGCAAAGCUCUGGGAAGAGGCAAACAAAUGGCUGGCAGAGAGACGAUGA